AUGUCGGCCACUGCUCCUGCGGCUCCACGAUCAGCGACAUGGAGGGAAAAAGAGGUAUUGGACCUCCUUUCUUUCUGGGGGGAGGACAAGAUACAGGAAGCCCUUAGAAGCUCCCACAGGAACUUAGACAACUUUGAAAAAAUUUCCAAAAUGAUGUCCUCGCGUGGUCAUCGGCGCACUGCAUUGGAAUGCAGGAACAAAACAAAAAGUAUGCGGUUGGAGUACAAGCGCGUCAUGGCACACAAUUCCACCUCUGGAAACGGCCCCAUUACAUGUCCUUUUUUUCGUGAGCUGGACAGUAUUCUAAGAGGGGACGCAAGUGUUAAACCUAAACGGAUAGCGCGAAGCAUUUCUUUUGCCCAAGGACCCCCGCAGAUAAGCGCCCCCAGGGAAGUGAUGGAGGGAUCGGAGGAACUCUUCUCGCACGACAUGCAGACGAUAGAUGCUGCACCGCUGUGGUGCUCUUCUCCAAAUCCCAUGGCAGCACCGCAGAACUCGUCAUCAUCCACCGAUGCCAGUGAAGAGGAUCUUGACCGCACCAUAGAUGGACUUGCUGACAAGGAAAACGACACUACAGGUGCAAACGCAAUGGAGGACGACGACAGUGAUUCAGACCUUCCCCUGGGGCAUCGUUCACGCUAUAACACGGCAGACGGGGCAGAUAACAGAUGCCUAGCAGAAGUUUCACCGGGAACAAGACUAUUCCAACUAAGAAACAGGAGACGCAGAAACGCAGCACUCUAUGGAGUAGCCGAUGAUAUGAUGCGCCGUUCUCGAGAGGAGCACAAUGUCCAGGUUUCCCAAUGGCGAACGGACAGAGAGAUGCUGUGCAGUUGGAAGGCUGAUGAGAACAAGAUUCAGAGGGAAUUCUUGGAUCACACUAAAAUGGAGAGUGAGAAGUUUGCCGAGGCCUAG